GCGCAAAGCAAUGUGGUCAACUGUGUCUUUUGCUCUGCUGACGAACCACUGCCAGCUGUCAAAUUUAAAAGGCGUCUGUCUGAUUUCUGAUUCAUAUUUCAGCUAGUGUUUUUCUUCUUUCCGGUAUUUUCCUCCAGGCAGCAUGGGUCGUGGCUAUAUAGCAGAAGAGGCUGUGGAGGGAUAUUUGUCUAAACUAUGUGAACAACAAUCAGGUCUGGUAACAGGAUUGCUUAUUGGACAGUCCUCAGCCCAGAGGGAUUUUGUUGUCAUGGCUACUCGGACGCCCCAAAGGGAGGAAUCCACUGCAGCAACUGUAAAUUCCCUGGACAAGGAGUGGGUCACUGAGCAUGCCCGACAGGUGUCCAGGAUGCUGCCCGGAGGUCUGUCUGUUUUGGGAUUCUUCAUCAUCACUGAUACAGAUGCCAAAGACACACUAACUACACUCAGACAGCUGGUGUUUGCUGUGGAGAACCUCAUCUCCUCGGAGCACCUGUGGAACCCUGCAGAGGAUGAUGUCACUGACUCCGUCACGCUGCACAUCAACCCCAAAACCAGAAAAACCGUGUGCAGAACCUUUGACGUCAAAGACCCCAAGAGCAUGGCCAGGCCUGCAGACUGGAAGUACCAGUCGGGCGUGUGUUCUUCCUGGGCCACACUGUCAUGUUGUUUAAAUGUCGACUUGUUGCUACCUCUGCCAGACAAAAGAACCAAUGCAAACAACAUGGAUGAAUGUCUUAAGGAGGGACUGAAAGCGUGGGCACACCAGAUUGAGAGUGGAGUUUGUCUGAUCGAUGGAAAAAAGCUGCCAGAGGACUCAGAGCUCACAGUCGGACAGAGGAGAAAUACGAGACAGACAUUAACAGCUCAGCUGCUCAUCACACUGGACAAUCAGAGGUCGACAGAUGUGGUCCAGCAGUGUGGAGGCAGUGUGUCGGUCAGAGGAGCGAUACACAGCAGAGCUUACCUACACAGCAACAAACCUAAAGCCAAACAGGCAGAGAAGCUGUUGAAGAGGGAUGUGAUUUCUACGGUGACCACGAGGGUUCAGAUGCUGCUAGAGGAGAUACUGUCAUCAGAACAGGAGAGCAAGGACAGCGCCAGAGACAAACAGACAGAGCAAUGCUGCCUCCCUCGUCGUAUCUUUUGCCCAGUAAAAUUGAGCGGCCCAGUGUGUGUGUGUGAAUACCAGUUCAGUGACGAGGGUUUGUCAGAGGUGACAGAGCGACUGGAGGAGAUGCUGGACAUCAGUGUCGCAGAGGAGGACUUGGACACCAAGCAGGAAAUGACUGCUGAGAUCACAGAUAGUGAUGUGAUGUCAGUUCCAGAGCCUACGGUGAAAACUGGUGAAGUGCCAGAGCCUCAGAGAAACAACUACAUAGGUGUUGCCAUGGCUACUGCUGUCGCCCUUCUCGCCACCGUUGCCUCGAUGCUCUAUCUCACUGACGUUUGAGACAUAUGAGCACAUCAGAAUAAAGUCACCUGACCUCCAGGAGUGACAGGAGACAUUGAUCCUCCCCACAGAAGAUUGCUUUAAAUAAAACCCUUUUCCCAGAUGGAACCUGGUCUCCUGCCUGUUGGCAUUACAAACAUGAGUGCCUUUUUGACGCUGAUAUUCAGUAAUUAAUAAUCCUUGGGUGGAAUUCCCAGUGUGCCAUUGUUGGAUUGUUUCAUUUAAAUCAGUACAAAGAUCUUGGCAGCCUCGCCUCGCCACACAGAAAAAUAAAAUGCAUUCAUUUUGAUUAUUA